GUUUUAUUGUAAAAACUUCUAAUUUUGUUGUUGAGCUCCAUGAUCAAUCUCUGUAAGGAUUUAAGCAUACAAGUUCGAGUCUGGCCCCCAAAAAAUAAGUUGAAGUACACUUUAGAAUAGCUAAAUUACGGCUUCCACAAAGCUUAAAGGUCCUGCCGGCCAUCUCUAGGCGUUAAAUUUAAUUCAUUGCCUAGUUUUGGUUCAAAUGGGUAGUAAUAGGGAUUCAUGUUUGUCAAUUGUCAUAUAUCCAACAACCUGUGAUGGGGCCAUUGCCUAUAUAUAUAGGUGUUUUUCCCUAUGGUUCAACUACAAACAUUAACUCUUCUUCUUUCAAGAUGGGAAACUUGAGAGUUACAUCAAUGUUUCUGCUUUCACAUAUGGUAUUGGUAGGUUCUAUCAUUGCUGCAUUUGCCAAUAAUUUCCAUAAAGAUGUGGAGAUAACAUGGGGUGGCCACCAUGCUCAAAUACUCGGUCGAGGGGAUCUUCUGACGCUUACUAUGGACAAGACCUCUGGAGGAGCUGGCUUCAAGUCCAACAAAGACUAUCUCUUCGGAAGGUUCAACAUGCAAAUGAAGCUCAUUGCUGGUAACUCUGCUGGCACUGUUACCGCCUUCUACUUAUCUUCUGAAGGCCCAACUCAUGACGAAAUCGAUCUUGAGUUCUUAGGUAACAAAAGUGGCUCUCCCUACACUCUUCAUACUAAUAUUUUCAGCCAUGGACAAGGCGGUAGAGAGGAAGAAUUCCACCUCUGGUUCGACCCAACAAAACAUUUUCACUCAUAUUCCAUUGUAUGGAACCCCCAAAACAUCAUACUCCUGGUAGAUAACAUUCCGAUAAGAGUAUUUAGCAAUCAAGAGUCAAUUGGAGUUCCUUACCCCAAUAACCAGCGGAUGAGGGUCUACGCGAGCCUGUGGGAUGCAGAUGAUUGGGCGACGAGAGGUGGGAGAGUAAAAACCGAUUGGUCCAAGGCUCCUUUCACUGCUUACUACAGAAAUUUCGUAGCUAACAAUGCUUGGGAAAUGCAAGGGCUUAAUGGUCGUGGCAAAAAGCUACUGACUUGCGUAAAAAAACGUUACAGAAUCUACUACUAUUGCAAUGAUCUGAAACGAAACCAGCAUCAUGGACAUGGCCGUCGCCCACCAGAGUGUAGGCGUCCACCCGUGCAGCACGAGAGGAGAUUGGCUUUAGUGACUACUAGUCUUUAUCAUUGUUGCAUCUUCAUGUCAAUCCUAUUAACAGCUUUAUUUUUAGUUUUUAGUCAAAAUUUCCAAGAACUACAACCAAGAACUCCCCCACUUCUCAUUCUCCUCACUUGCAACCCAUUCCUUCCCUCACAAAUUCCUCAACCCCAAACCCCCAUUUUUUCCGUUUUCCAUAGCUGGUUUAAUGGUUCAGCUGGUGAGGAAACAGAGGGAAUCAAUGAAUCUUUCUUCAAUGAUUUAGUGGAGAAAGAGGAGGGCAACAAAAUGACAAAAAAGAAAGCAACAUUGAUUUUGACAGGAAUAGGCAUUACCGGUGAUUGUUCAAGAAAUAUUAUUAUUGGUUAG